UGCAUGCGGUCCCAUCGGUUCUUCUCUCCUUUAAUACACCCCUUUAAUGGAGAUUAGCUGGAAGCAAGAGGACCACUUCUUUCUCUCUCUCUCUCCACUUUCCUCAUGCCUAUCUUUGUUGCUGUUCUUCUUCCUCAUCCCAUACUCUCUCUCUCUCUCUCUCUCUCUCACAGACACACACACUAGAUCCCUAGGUCUCUAGGGUUUAUAGAAGACUAUUUGUAGUAUCAGAGCAGCAGUGGCAAGUUUUUCUUGAGUUCCAAUUUCCCUCUGUCUGCUUCUGAUCAGGAGCAGAACUCUGCAAGUGAUGGCCAUCUGCAAAAUAGAUGAGAGGGGGAGAUCGAAAAGUAGAUGAUGAAAGCAAAAAGAACUCGCACUUUGGAGAAGUGGGGAUCGGAGCCAAAGAGCAGAGGCAGUUAACGAGUUGAAGAACCAAGAUCUUCCCCUCCAUCACUUUCAUCAUCUCUUUCCGAGGUGAUCUCGAGCUGCAAAAGGAAGAGCUUCUGCAUGUUGUAGGCGGAGGGUGGGGGGGUAGUGAGUACCCAAGAGCUUCUAUGUGAUGGCCCAUGAGUCCCACUACAAUGAAUUCCCCAUGCAAGGCUUCGAGCACAGCCAUGAGUUCUUUGGCAUCCAACCCGGGAUGGAGAUUCUCGGGGUCCCCUCCAAGCAUCAAAGCUGGCAGGCGGCUGCUUCGGUGAGUCCAUGGCAGGUGGACAACUCCUCCUCCUCCUCCUCUUCUUCCUUGAGGCCUCUGUUCUCCUGUGUCAGAACCCAGCGACCAAGCGGGGGGCCUUCCCUCUCCCUCCUCAACAUGAAGCACUCAGCUGCACUAGUAGGUGUGCCUCAACCGCCGGAGCAGUACAGCGCCGCCGGAGACAAGCCGCAGCUGAGAGCAGCGUACCACCUUCAGCAACAGCAGCUAAGGAAUUCCAAGUUCCUGGGGCCAGCUCAGGAGCUGCUGAACGAGUUCUGUGGUGUCACAGGGCAGAGCAGUUCCAAGAAGAAGCCUAACAAGACAAACCAUGAGGGGGAAGCUGGAAAGCCUUCCCUCUCCUCUCCGUGGCAUCAGUCUCUGCGCUCCAUGGACCUCGUGGAGCUCCAAAAGAUCAAAGCCCAGCUGUUGUCCAUGCUCGAGGAGGUCGACAUGCGAUACCGGAAGUACUACGAGGAGAUGAGGGGGGUGGUGGCGUGGUUUGAGGUGGUGGGUGGGGAAGGAGCCGCGUCGGCGUACGCGGGGUUGGCGUCGAAGGCCAUGUCGAGGCACUUCCGGUGUUUGAGGGACGGGAUCGUGGGUCAGAUUCGUGCGGUGAAGGAGGCGACGGGGGAGAAGGACUCGGCGGCGCCGGGGACGACGCCGGGGGAGACGCCGAGGCUCAGGAUGCUGGACCAGAGGAUCCGGCGGCAGAAGGCGUUUCAGCAGGGGACGAUGGAGCCGCACCCGUGGCGGCCUCAGCGUGGCCUCCCCGACCGCUCCGUCUCCGUUCUUCGUGCCUGGCUCUUCGAGCAUUUCCUUCACCCGUACCCAAACGAUGCCGACAAGCACAUCCUAGCCCGGCAAACCGGACUGUCGAGAGGCCAGGUCUCCAACUGGUUCAUAAACGCAAGAGUGAGGCUAUGGAAGCCCAUGGUGGAGGAGAUGUACCUGGAAGAGACGAAGGAGCUGGAGAACCAGGCCGACCAAGCACCGACUGGCCGUGAACACAACGAUCACCCUAACCCUAACCCUAACUCCGGUCUCAGCUUCGACCAGAAACCCCUGCCGGUGCAGCCGCUGGUGGACUCCGAAUCGCUCUCCUCCAUCAUCAACAGCAGCCAUCACAGUGACCAAACCCUGCACCAGUACCGACAGCAGCAUCACCGGCAUGUGAGCGACUUGGGAUUCCCCUACAGUAGCAGCAGCAGCAGCACAGGUGUGUCCUUAACGCUGGGUCUUCAGCACCACAGUGGAGGAGGCAUGAGUCUAUCCUUGUUGCACGACUCCCAGCUGUUCUCUGCAGACCAUGUUGACGAUGAUCAACAGGUCCAUUUCUCCAUUUCGGAUGGGGCGGCAGUGAACCUUCCUUACCGAGACCUGAUGGGAGCUCAGCUGCUGCAGGACAUGACAAGAUAGAGUAGAUCGAAAUGGAACUGUGAAGGGCUAUAUAGAGACAUACAUACCUAUCAGAUAAUUAAGCUUCAUACCUGCUUAGUUGCUUUGGCAAGUAGGUCAAUUAUUCUAUGCUUGUUUUGCUGCUCAGCCUCGAUCCAUUGUUAUGAUCCAUGCAUAGGUGCAUUCCUCAUUGAUGAAACAGCAGCCAUAUUUGCUUCAGACAUUAAGCAUGAAAGCAUCCAUGGUUUGGGCUCUCUUCACCAA